AUGGCGACGUUCAUGAACACGGAUUGCGUUAAAUAUGUUUCGAAAGGAGUCGUGGCUCCAUUGUGUGAAUUGUCCUUUUGUAGGCAUUGUCUCGAACUUAGAUCUAAAUUUUGCGUCUUUCACGAGGUGGACUCCCUUUUUUGUCCUAACUGCCUGGAAAGUAUGCCUGCUGCUGAGGCAAAAACCAAAAAGAACAGAUGUGGCAGUUGUUUCGACUGCCCAACAUGCAACCAUGCCCUCUCUACCAGAGCGACAUCUAUAAUGUCUGAUGAGGCCUGUGAGGAUGGGUCCAAAACUCUGAAGAAAGCAUUUUAUUUGGCGUGUGGUUUUUGCAGAUGGUCAUCAAGGGAUGUGGGCAUCAAGGAUCAAUCUGUUGCUAGUGGCGGCUGGACAGAACAGAUAAACCCUUAUGCUGAAAGGAUAGCCUCAUUGGUGGAAUACUACAAGCAGUACACGUUGAAGGAAUUGCAAGAGAAAGAGAAAAAAAGAUUUAGGAGAAAAAGCUUUUUCCAACUACCUGAAAAAUUUGGCUUGGGACAUCUGACUGUUAAGAGGAGGCCUGGAUUGAGUUUGAAUCUGAUUAGAUUCAUAGAAAUAAAAUUUGAAUUUUCUAGCAAAGACCAGGCAGAAAUAAAUUUACCUGAAAUCGAACUGAGCAGAACAUUUGACAGCUUUGAUGAACUCCCCGAUGACGUCUACACUAAACCUCUUGACCUUUCUCAAGUGACAAAUAUCAACCAACGUUUGAGCAACCCUGAAUUUCAGCCAGCAACUGUUCAAAAUCUCUACCCUAAUCACAAACAUUUGCUUAUCAAAAGAUCCCAGAGAUGUAAGCAGUGUGAUCACAACCUCAGUAAACCUGAAUACAAUCCAUCUGCUAUAAAGUUCAAGAUACAAUUGGUUGCUCUGCACCAUAUUCCUGAGAUAAGAAUCAUGAAACCUCCUGUCUUGAGAAAUAAUCAGACCACCCAAGCUGUCCUUACUCUGACAAACCCACUCGAGAUCACGGUACAAGUUCAGUUGUCAGCAUUCAAUGAGGAUAGCACUGAUGAGGCUGAUGCUACUAAUGGUUUUAAUACCGCUAAGAUCGAGUUGCCCAGCGAUGAGUUACUGGUGGCAAAAUCUGAAGAUGCGGCUGACGUUGAAGAGACACAAACCUUCAAUGAUGAUCCAAAAAUUAUAGCGUUCCGCAAAGGCUGUAAGAUUGGUUUCUUUGUAUCUGUGACUCCGAAAGUUGAGCAAGGAGAUGCCAAGGUCAGGUUGAAGAUGAGGCAUAACUACCUGAAGAGGCAACUCUCAAUGGCUGAAAAGGAUGUCAAAGAUAAUGAAAUUAAAUGGAUGGAACACGAAGUCCAAAUUAACUUCGGGGCAGUGGUGAAUGAAUAG